AUUACCGGAUUCCGCCGGGGUACGACGUCACUGCAAAACCAGAGCACCCCAAACGGCGUCCCCAAGGAACCCUCGCAAAUCGCGGUGGCGCUCCGAGCUCGAGAUUCGAGAAGAAAAAGAUUCAACCAUUGUGGAAGAGGACGAAAAACCCAGAACGAGAAGACAAACCACGCGAACUAAGAAGGAGAAACCUAACUCCGUUCCACCUUCAACCCCAUCUCCAAAGAGUGAAGAAGAGAAUGGUGGUGAUUUGGACCAUGUUGGACAGGUGGUGAGUGAUUUGAUCAUGUGGAAGGAUGCAUCAAAGUCAACCUUUUGGUUUGGUUUUUGUUCUCUUUGUCUCUUGUCUUCAUGCUUUACUCAAGGACUCAACUUUAGUGUUUUGUCGGCCUUGUCGCAAUUGGGGAUUCUCUUAUCAGGUGUUUCAUUUUUCUCGAAUUCGAUUUGUCAAAGAAAUGAGGUUGAAGAAAAGAGGGAAAUCAAGCUGGCAGAGGAUGACAUUUUGUGUCUUGCGAAAUUAAUUCUUCCUGCUCUGAAUUUUGCAAUUUCAAGGAUGAGAGCGUUGUUCUCAGGAGAACCAUCCAUGACCCUCAAAAUUAUUUCUUGCUAUUGGGAUUUCAGAACCUCUAUCUUCGAAUGCUUGUGCAUCUGCCUUGCGUAAAGUCUGCAAAGAUGCUUCUGUAGUAAUUUAUGAACCUUCAAAUUUGGAAAUUUUAAUGUGGAUAGGAGAGGGUUUAGACAAGUGGCAUUUAUCUUUGGAUGAUGAGGAAGAAGUUAUGCAUGCUAUAAGUCUGAUGA